AUGAAGCUUCUGGUUUUAGCACUGGUGGCUGUCGCAUCUGCUGCCCCACAGGGGUACAACCUACCCACUCCUUCUGGCCCAUCAUUUAAGGCCGGGGGUUGUGGGGGUGGACAAGUGCGACACGUGGAUGGCAGCUGCGUCACACCUCAAGUGAACAGUCGUGUGUUUUUGUAUGAUGUGCCACCAAAUCAGGCUUCUUCCAGUCAAGCACCAUACAUUCCCAAGCCUAAACUGGAACGAAAUAUUGUUUUUGUGAGACUUCCUGAUGGUGCCCAAGGACCAGAACCCAUCGUCGUUCCUCCUCCGAGGCAACAGCACGUCUUAUUCGUGCUUAACAAGCAGUCGGCGCAAGGUCAGCAAGUCAUCGAGGUUCCAGCACCACCAGCGUCCAACCCCGAAGUGUUCUUCGUGAACUACGCAGAAGGAGAAAACCCAACUCUUCCUGGUGGAGUAGACCUCCAAACGGCCCUGAGUGCUGCCUCUCAAGGUAGCGGUCAAGUUGUGGGAGGUGGUGGCGGUGGAGGAGGAUUUGGUGGUGGAAUCGGAGGAGGAAUUGGAGGUGGCUUUGGCGGCGGGAUUGGAGGCGGUUUUGGUGGAGGAAGUGGAGGUGGUUUUGGAGGAGGAAGUGGAGGUGGUUUUGGUGGAGGAAGUGGGGGUGGCUUUGGAGGAGGAAGUGGAGGUGGCAGCGGCGGUGGAAGCUAUAGUCCACCUGCACCUUCCACACUUUACAGUGGACCAUAAGUAUGUUACCAGCUUCGGAUUAUGCUUCCAAAGUAGCCUGUUUAUUAUGUUAUCAUUUAUAUACAAUUACAUUAAUUUGUAUGUUA